AUCGAUUAUUCCAGCCUCAUGAACCAUGGCCCUCUCAACUGUCCUCACUUCAACCACACUCAGUGCGCUACUGCUAGCACUGGCAUCCAACAUUGUAACGUCUACUGCUGCUCCGACUCCCAACGUCUUCACGGACAUCCUCCUACCAACACCAAACGUCACCGGCGGGCCUGCUGGUGAGAUCCAAUGCUAUGCGCUCCCGUACGGCGCAGUCGGCGUCAUAUCCCAUCUUCUUACCUAUUGGACCUUUGCGUGGAUAGCCGUCGGCAAGGUGCCUCUCUGGCCUGGGAAUGACCUUGACACAUGGGCAUUUGACUUGUUCUUAUCUAUUGCUUCACUGUGCACAUGCAUACCGACCGCCACGAUAACCAUAUACCGAUGUCGUCUCAGCUGGCAUUUCGUUUUGAUCAGUGUCUGGAAACUCGUCACCUCAGUAUCGAUGGCGUGCAUUGCUAUCCACCGUUGCAUUCUCGUCCGCAGAGAACCCUCCAGAUCCAGUCACAGGGGUCCAGGAGCCCCGUUCACGCGGGGACAGUCCACGAAGACUAAGAGCCUCGAACCCCUAGGAUGGCUCGUCCUUUUCAUAGCGGGAACGAUUGUUGGUAUGUUUGGGCUUUGCUCGUUGCUCUGGACCAGCUUUCGCCAGGACACGACCGUGAGGACCUUGUCCUACGGCUUCGCCGCUCCUGUUAUCCUGCUUCCCAUUUGUGUCGGUAUCUACUGGUACUUACACUCAGCCACUGAAGAUAAAACAGGCGGGCUGAAAGGCUUGGUCUUGGCCACAGCAAACACAUUCAAAGGCGCUUCAGUGGCUUUCAUUGCGGUCUUUGGUUUCUUCUCGACUCUUUACGCUGACCUGGUUCUUGGAGCCAUUGCGGACAAUCCGCUCGGUCUGCCGAGCGCGGAUUUCGCGCCCCUCUACUGGGUUUGGUUCAUCGCGAAGAGGCUGCCAAUGUUGUCUUUCUAAUUUUCUCAUCUGCGUGUCCUUAGCGUUGUCAAGUUCCAAUUCUUCCGCUUGUGCCGGCAUUUCCUUCUCGAUAGAGUCGUAGUAUGUGGGUUUCUUUGCGACAAAUACCAGAAAUUUAGAUUCUAUUCUCCCAUCCGCAAUCAGUAAUCUUUCUUCAGUCAGAACAGCAAAGCAAGCGGUGCAAGUUGAUCACCCACGCUCAACGAUGAUGAGGUAAGGUGAGGUGCAAGAGGCCGAAGCCGUGUGUAAACGGCCGUAGCG